CAGACACUUCGACCUGUUGUUCUUGAUCCUCGCAUGAUCAUGUCCAUCUACCAGCUCUCGCCAUCUCCCACAUCUCUCUCCCCUCUGCCCAACGAAGUCAUCCGCAUAAUCCUCGACUUUUACCUCUCCGCCCUCUCUCCCCAAUCUUCGGCUUUCUACGACCUCCUCCACGCGAGCCGCUUCUGCUACAAUAUAUUGGCGCCUCGUCUUUAUGAGCAUGUUACUCUCGACAAGCGCAACUCGGAACGCUUCUUCGAGGCCUACUGCGAUUCCCUUCUGCGAGAGGGAGUGAGCUUUGUGCCGUCAAGCACGGCGUUUCCGGGCCGAGAGAUCAUCUACAAGCCUAUCCCUCCUCCUCCGCCGUCGUCUCGCGGCUCGACCCAUCCUUCGGCACUCAUUCGCAAGGUCACUCUUGUCGAUGGUGCUGCUGUCAUCCGCUGUCAGAUAGCGCGGGAGAAGAUCCAAACCCGGUGCUCCCUCACCCUGCAACCUCCGCCCACCGAGCGCCCGUCCGUCGCCCUUUUCCCUAAUCUCGAAUGGCUGGUCAUCCCUUCGUCGAUGCGAGGUAACGUGACUCUCACACGUGAAGGCCACACUCCUUCUUUCCAUACUCGGGAAGAACCCCCUCUUCGGUCUUACGACGCUUUGCAAGAUAUCGACGCGCUUCAGCCACCUCGGCUUUGUAUUACCGAAAGUCCUCACACGAGUUCGGUGCAAGCCAUCAACCGAGCGUACUUCUUUGCCAAGUAUCCUCAACAGUUAGAGGAGCUCUCGAUACACGGGACAAGAGGGCGCGAUCAAAGCUUUAUGUCGCAGAAUCGGACGAGGGUCUUGAAUGUGGCUUUUGCGAUACCAGAGGCAGGGGAGAGAAACGAAGAAGGGGGGGAGGAGACGCAAGUGUAUGACCCGGAGAUCGAGCUGGGGUGGCAUCUGGAUAUGUUGGAUUACUCUGAACGAGACUUGAGACCGUCACUCCCACUCGAAAUCGUCCGCUUCUUCAACUGUACACUACCGAAACAGCGAGUACUGGAGAGAAUACGAGAGAGGCGGGACCCCGUUCCUUCCUGGUUGGAAAGUCUUCAGGUCUACGGGCCAGGCGAGGAUCAUGGAUGCGUGUGCGAGGGGUGUGGGAAGUCUCUUUAGUUGUUGGGCGUUUGGUGGAUUGAAAAUGUGAAAUCUGGUGAGCGUGGUGGCUGUCAGGUAUGAUGCAAGGGGCUCUGAUGAGUCAGGAUGAAUGUUGCGAGCUGUUGGGUCGUUAUGGUGGGCGGAUUUACAGACCCGUAUGGAUGUGCUGGGACGUUGAUGCUGCUAGGGACAUGCCGAGUACUAUCUUGCGCUGAAGUACAUAAAAAAAUCCGGACUCCAGUAAUAUAUGCACUUCCUAAAGCCCC